GCAAAUUCUUGAAUCACUCGAUGGAUGUGGUCCCCAGCGAGUAGACGGCGGAGAGCGUGGGCCACCUUCCUUCAAGAGUCAAAACAUCGUGCUGUCACUCUCGCCCGACCAACAACAAGCGCAAGACUGAACUGCCGUACGUGGUGAGGAACGUCAAGGAAGGUCAAGGAAGAUAUAAACAAAGUUUGUGAAUCCAGUACAGAACACGACGAAACCAUGAGUGUAACCGAGAUGCCAACGGCGAAUGCGGGGUCGGUCAAGCCGGCGCGCCUCAUCCAGUACUUCACGGCUCUCUCAGUGACGAUGGGCGCCUUGAGUUUCGGCACAAGCAUCGGCUUCACGUCUCCUGCCGGCCCAAUGAUGAACGAAACCCUCAGCGGUGAGGAGGAGAUGAUGUGGUUCAAUUCCAUCAUCAACAUGGGUGCCAUGGCGGGCGGCCCGAUGGGUGGCCUCCUCAUCAACGUGGUCGGCAGGAAGGGCUCCAUGCUGGGUUCCGUGGUCCUCAGCCUAUCGGCGUGGCUCCUCAUCAUCUUUGGAAGGAACUUCGCCUCGCUCCUCAGUGGUCGCAUCAUCGGGGGCUUGUUUAUGGGCAUGACCAGCCUCGUGGUGCCCACCUACAUCGGGGAGAUGGCCUCAGCUGACAUUAGAGGAGCGCUGGGGUCUGGCUUCCAGCUGAUGGUCGUGAUCGGAAUCCUGUACGCGUAUCUAUUCGGCGCUGUGAUCAACAACUGGCGGGUGCUGGCGGUGGUGUGUGCCAUCCCCGUGGCCAUUUACGGAGUGCUGGCCUUCUUCGUCAAGGAGUCGCCGACCUACCUCCUCUCGAAGGGCAAGGAGAAGGAAGCCAGGGAGGCGCUGCAGGCACUCCGAGGCAAAGAAUACAACAUCGAGUCUGAGUUCAAAAUGCUUCGUGAGACGCAGGAGGCGCUGACCCGCAACCAAGUGACGUGGCGGGACCUGAUGCAGCCCCACAUCCUUAAGCCCGUCAUCAUCUGUCUGGUGGUCAUGGUUUUCCAGCAGUCGUCUGGUGUCAACGCCGUGCUCUUCAACCUGGGGACGAUCUUUAAAGAGGCAGGAGUCGGCUUGCCUGAGAACAUCAGCGCCAUCGUCGUGGGCACGGUGCAGGUGGUGGCCACAGGCAUCGCCGCGCCGCUGCUGGACCGCGCCGGCAGGAAGAUUCUCCUCACGGGUUCUGCGGCAGUCAUGGCAAUCUCGCACUUUGCCCUGGGCGUGUUCUUCUACCUCAAGGAAGAAGGCGAGGCCCCGGGAUGGCUGCCCCUCACCUCGCUCAUGGUUUUCAUUGCUGCCUUCUCUCUGGGCUACGGUCCCAUCCCUUGGGUUCUCAUGGGUGAGAUGUUCUCCCUGGAGGUGCGCGCUCCGGCCAGCGGUCUCGCCACGCUCACCAACUGGAGUGUAUCCUUCAUCGUCACUCUUGCUUACGAUCCAAUGAAGGUGGCAAUGCACGAGUACGGCGCCUUCUGGUUCUUCGGGGGAGUGUGCACGGUCAGCACGUUAUUCUGUAUCUUUGUGGUGCCGGAGACGAAAGGCAAGACGGUGCAGGAGAUUUCCGCGUAUUUCGGUGGACCCGCGGUGACUCAGUCCCAGGAGAAGCCCGCGAACGAGGAGCGAAGGACGGAAGUGGUAUAGCCAGCAGCCUUUGUUCCAUCAGUGUUGCCGCCAUCUCUGCAUCGUCAGCCGUCCCCUCUAGCUCUGUCUGGUCUAUGAGUGAUGCACGUCUUUCGCUCCUGAGACACUCCCGAGCUGAGGUUUCAUCAUCGUCUCAUCAAUGUGUUGUGUCAUUUUUUGUUUUCUUUAUUUUAUUUUUACUUUUCAUUAGUGACUCAUCACCGCCGUCUCAUCGUUUCCAUAUUUUGUUUUAUUUUCUUGUGAGGUUUUCAUAAAUUUUGUUAAUGUACAUGUAAA